AUUCAUGGAUAUCAACAGAACAAUAAUAAUUCUGCAUAUAUAAAAUAACUUCUAAUUUUAGGAAAUGUUUGCGUUCCUCGAAAAAUACAAUUGAAUAUAAUUCCAUUACUUUAACACAAAAUAUAGCUCCGGAGAAACGCACGAGACGUGAAAACAUGGCGGAACUGUCAGUCAGCAUUCAAGCUUACGCUAAACUUUUACUUCAUAUUGCAAAAUAUCCGCAUUGUGCCGUAAAUGGUGUAUUGUUAGCCGAAGACAAUAAAAAUUCUAAAGAAAAGAAGGUCAUAAGAUUUGUGGAUUGUAUACCAUUGUUCCAUCUUUCCCUCAGUUUGGCACCCAUGUUGGAAGCUGCACUUUUACAGAUCGACUCCUAUUGCAAAAGUAAAGGAUAUGUGAUCGGUGGAUAUUACCAUGCCAACGAACAUAUUGAUGAUAACGAAUUAAAUCCUAUAGCUAGACAUAUAGGUAGGAAAAUUCAGGAGAACUUUUCAGAGGCCUGUAUAUUUAUGGUUGAUAACCACAGGGUAAACUCCCGAAGCGUCUCAGAUGUUUAUAGAUUGUAUAAGUUAUCAGACUCCUCAGAAUGGAAAGAAGUAAAACAGGAAACUAUAGAUGAUCAGACUCGCCAGGCGUCGGCUGUGUUGUUGGAGCAGGAGCAGUACCGCUACCUGACAGACUUUGAUAACCACCUCGACAAUGUGGCCCAUGACUGGAGGAACGUUAAGCUGAAUGAGCUCAUCAGCAAAUUCUCUUAAAGCCUCAUAGGCUGUAAUUUAUGCCUCCCAUCAAGUGGGAGACGUAAUAAUCAUUUCUCUUGAGCGUCCAUUUGUAUUUACGUCCUGGAGCUUCUGCAAACAACUCUUUUUUCAGCUACAUGGUGAAUCCUGCUCAAUCUAUCACAACUAAAGGAUGGAAUGAGUAAUGAUCUUUAAGAACAGAAUUUUGGCAGAAUUAUGGCUCUUUGUCUGUUGAUCAUUUCCCAAAACUUGUUUUCAACUCCGCUCCUAGAUGGAUCUGUUACACUUGCACUGUUUGUGUGUGUAAUGAUUUUUUAAAAAGUAAUUUCGGCUCGGACAAUUUUUUGCAUAUUUACGGCCCUUUUUUGGUCCCCUAUCAAAUAUAUAGUAUCAAAAUUAUGUGUUAUUCCUAGACUUAUCUGCUAUGUGAAUUUUGGUCAAAUGUUCACAGAUGAAUGGCUUUAAUCUGUAGAUGAUCGUUAAAAAUGGAACUUUGGCUGGGACCAUUUUUGUUUGAAUUAUGGCCCUUUGUCCUUUUGUCCACUGUAGUAUAUAUAUAGUGGAUUUGUCUUUUUCCAAACAUUAUUGUGAGGGCAUCAGUGUCUGUGACACAUUUCUAGUUUACAUUGUUAUUACUACAGGAUCAAUGUUAUAUAUUUUGGGUGCAAAUAAUUGUACAUAGUUAUUACUGUAGAUGCAGUCUUGUUUAACUAUGGUGUUCACAUGUGAACAUACUUAUAACUGUGGAAUCAAUGUUACAAAUGUAUAUAAAAAUGAUGCACAAAUCUUUUGCCUACUGUUAAUGAAUAUUGAAGAUGAAUAAUAAUACAUUUGUAUAUUAGCAAAAAAGAAAAUUUCAUUUUCUUGUAUGCAUGCAUGUUAACUUUAGAGCAAGGACCCAAAGUAAAGCUCAGUUUAGGGUUUUAAUAGCUGGUUAUUUAUAUUUGGCAACUUGGCAAACAAUUAAAGUUUUCUUUCACAAUAAUUCACUAUUUAAUUGAUAAAUUCCUUUAAAGACUUGUUGAAAGGUAGAAAGUUGUUAGUCUAAAAAAACUUUGAGGUUUCAUGUGCCUCUGCGCUAGCCAAGUUGUAACAGGAUUUUAUGCUUGCUAUAUAUGUUUUUGUGCAACUUCAUUGGUUGUGACAUGCGUUAUCGGAUUGAUUAAGGUCAUCUUGAACCACAACAGAGCAGUGCUUUGUUCUAGUAACUAACAAGAGUGCCAAACUGUCACAAGAUACGCCCGUUUGAAGGUUUUGGACAACUUGAUAGCUUUACCAUUUGAGUGGCAAAAUGAUAUAUUUUUGAAAAUUAAGCAGCACAUAUUUGAACUUGACCUAGAUAUCAAUUAGACACAACUUCUGACCAAAUUUGGUAAAGACAGGAUGAAAACUACUUCAAUUAGAGAGCGGACACCAUGCUAAAUGCUUGAAAUGCAUUAAGUGACCUAGUUUUUGACCCAGCAAGACCCAUAUUUGUUCUUGACCUAGAUAUCAUUUAGACUCAACUUCUGACCAAAUUCAGUGAAGAUCAGAUGAAAACUACUUCAAGUAGAGAGCGGACACCAUGCUAAACGCUUGAAAUUCAUUAAGUGACCUUGUGACCUAUUUUUUGACCCGCCAAGACACAUAUUUGUUCUUGACCUAGAUAUCAUUUAGACACAACUUCUGACCGAAUUCGGUGAAGAUCGGAUGAAAAAUACUUCAAUUAGAGAGCGGACACCAUGCUAAAUCCUUGAAAUGCACUAAGUGACCCAGUGACCUAGUUUUUAACCCAGCAUGACCCAUAUUCGGACUUGACCUAGAUAUCAACUAGAUGCAACUACUGACCAAGUUUGGUGAAGAUCAGAUGAAUACAAUUUGAAUUAGAGUCCGGACAAAGUGGCGCCGUUGAAAAUGCACUAAUUGACCCUAUGACCUAGUUUUUGACCCGGCAUGACCCAUAUUCGAACUUGGCCUAUAUAUCAACUAGAUGCAACUGCUGACCAAGUUUGGUGAAGAUCGGAUGAAUACAAUUUGAAAUAGAGUCCGGACAAAGUGGCCCCUUUGAAAAUGCACUUAUUGACCCUAUGACCUAGUUUUUGACCCGGCAUGACCCAUAUUCGAACUUGGCCUAGAUAUCAACUAGAUGCAACUGCUGACCAAGUUUGGUGAAGAUCGGAUGAAUACAAUUUGAAUUAGAGUCCGGACAAAGUGAUGCCUUCCGCCCGCCGCCCGCCCGCCCGCCAAGGGGUUUCACAUAAUACGUCCCGUAUUUUAUACGGGCGUAUAAAAAUGAUUUGUGUUGUCCAUCAAAUCGAUUGAUCUGUAUUUACUAGUCCAGCAAUGAGUUGACCAAUGAACAUUUGUUUAAUUUACACCAGUUUAUAAUCAUGAUAUAAUAUACCAAAUGUACCUUAGUGGUAAACACACUUGGUUGAACAAUAAAUUUGAAUACAUUUAAAUCAUUGACCACAAAUACUUUGAUCAUCAGGAAGUCUAUUUGCUAAUUUGAUUUAGUUUCGUUAUGGUAAUACAAAUCUCAGUUGGAUUGAAAUCUUGUAACAUGAUGCUGAUGCAACUGUGAAUUGAAUGUAAUCAGGGUUUUAUGUAAAUUUAUUUGUAUUGGAAGUUUCUUGGUGCUUAUUUUACCAUAUUGUCACCUAGGUGUUCCUUUAUUUCGUUUGAUUUUUGUUGUAAAAAAUGUUUUGUAUUAUAUAUAUCCAACUGUUAUUCAGUGCAUUCAUUUUACAAACUGUUAUUUCAGAACCUGUAUCAUGGGUCCAUUUUCAUGUCUUGUUCUUUGUUAAGCACUAAAAAGUUUUAUCUUAAUAUGACACAUCGCCCCCUUGGUGUGGAAAGGUACCAAAGGUACCAAAAAGGUUAUGACAUUGAAAUUAAUAGGCACAUGGUACCUUUUUGCACCAAUUGGGCGAAAUGUAACUGAAACAACUCGGAUAUUUGAGGUAAGGUACAGAUUCUGGAAUGCCUCAGUUUUGUUCUUUACUAUUGAACAUAAAAUCAUUUAGUAAUUAUAAUAAUCCUUUUAAAUUAAA